AUGAAAAAGGUUAUCGACACUGGGACUUCCCAAGCGGUCCCCCACCUUAGUACUAACCCAGCCUUAAGGCGCUUAACUUCGGAGUUCGAAUGGGAUCCGGUGUUUUCACCUUAGUAUGGCCGAUAACAAAAGAUAAAGUUAUUUUGUAAUUCAAAAAAUUUGAAAAAUUAUUUAAAAAAAUUAAUAAAUUAAUACGAAAUCCGAGAUAGUAUAGUGGUUAGUAUUCCUGCCUGUCACGCAGGAGACCCGGGUUCAAUUCCCGGUCUCGGAGCUUUUUUAUAAAAAAUGAUAGAUACUUUUCAAAAGAAAAAGACUUAGAUGAAAAUAUUUAAUCUUAGUUGA